CAACACUCGAAAUGGUUAGUGAAAUGUGUGGAUUCGAUGGAUUCGCUAUCUCCGCUAGACCUCAUUACACUCUCACGACUUUCAUCACAAGUGAACAAACAUUUGUUUUAUUCAUUUUUCAAAUCGCUGAUUGGAAAAGAUGUGGUCGUCGAACUCAAAAAUGAUUUAAGUAUUUGCGGUACACUGCAUUCAGUGGAUCAAUAUCUGAAUAUGAAAUUAACCGAUAUCUCAGUGACCGAUUCGGAACGACACCCACACAUGCUCUCCGUUAAAAAUUGCUUCAUUCGUGGAUCAGUGGUACGAUAUGUGCAAUUGCCAGCUGAUCAGGUUGACACACAGUUGCUACAGGAUGCAAGCCGACGAGAAGUGAUGCAGGCUAAACGAUCCUCAGCAACAGCAACAACCACAGCGACGACCACGUAG